AUGGAAAUAAGAAAAUUGCCCAGAGACGUGAUUUCCAGAAUCUCUGCUGGAGAAGUUAUCACCAGGCCCUACAGUAUACUAAAGGAGACAAUUGAAAACUCACUUGACGCAAACGCUACUCACAUAGUGGUCAGGAUUGAGCUAGAUGGCCUUUCGCUUACGAUAGAGGAUAAUGGAGAUGGAAUUCAUGAAGAGGACUUUGGGCUGCUCUGUAAGCAGUAUUGUACUUCGAAGCUUUGCAAGGAAGAAGAUCUUUUUUCUCUAUCCUCGUACGGGUUUCGUGGAGAGGCUCUUUCCUCAAUAAGUCGAUGCUCCAGAAUCAAGGUCAAAAGUAAAAGAAAGGAAAGUGAAAUAGGGUAUGAGGCUGUGUACAGAGACACAGAAAUGGUGGCAAUGAAGGGUAUUGGGAUGAGAGAUGGAACUGUUGUUGAAAUCAAAAGUAUCUUCUACAAUAAUAAGGCCAGGGAGAAGCAUUUCUCAAAGAAAAGGGAAGAAGUCCGCGAAAUGAUGUGGCUAGUGGGAAUAUUCUCGGUGUUCAACGAAAAUACUUCCUUUGACCUGUUCUACGGAGAGAAGUUACAGGAGCUGCCUAAGGCCAGGUCGAACCCCCAUCAUGAUGGGCGCUCUAACGGAGAUAAAGCUCGGCAGAAAGUCAAAAUGUUGAACGAGCUCUACAAAGCAAACGAUGGGCUUCUUUUUGAGUUUAACGGAGACCAUCUUAUUAUAUUUUCAACUCCGCAAUUCAACCUGAAGAAAGGGGCGUUUAUACUUUUUGUAAACGGAAGGCUGGUUGUAAGCCACGAGAUGAAAGAAGCACUGUUCAAAGCGUAUAAGGACUUGAUUCCUCCCGACAGGCGGCCUUUUAUAUAUAUAGAGCUUAGUGUAGAAAAGAGCACAGUUGAUGUUAAUGUCCAUCCAAGCAAAAGAGAGGUCCUUUUUGCCAAUGAAGAAUCCGUGACCCAGGAGCUGUUCAAAUGCAUUUCGAAUAGGCUAUGUGGGAUGGAAUAUAAGCAAAAGACAUUGAAACCACUUCUCAGUGAAGUCAAGUUUCAAAGUCCGAUUAAGGUGUACUCAGACCCUGGAUCACAAUCUAUCGCAGAGUGUUUGGAAAAAGAUAGAAAGGAAAAAAGAGAGUUCAGACUCCUUUCUCUCAAAAGACUGAAGUCUGAGCUAGUUGACGUUGACACUGCAUUCUUUAGAUCUCUGAACUACGUAGGAAUAAAGGAUAGAGACACGAUUCUAGUUCAGCAUGGAUCAUCGCUCCUCAAUUGCAAAACUGUUCCCCUGCUCAAGGAAUAUCUCUAUCAGUCUUUGGUUAAUGACUUUGGGAACUUCGAAAAGAAGAGAACACUCAUUCCCCUCCAGUCCAGGAUAGAAGACAAGAUAAAAGCAUUGCUCGAUGACUACUUUUCCAUAGAGAUAGUAGGGGAAAACAUUGUCGGCAUUCCUGUUAUAUCGACGAUUUGUGUAGACACUCCUGAAAUAUGGUCGAAAUUUGACGUAAAAAAAAGCCUUGAAUAUGAGACGCUAGAGAGCAUAAUUGAUACACUGUCCACGUUAUACUCCUCGGCAGAGAUGUCCUUGAAGCUAUUCAACAUUGUUAAAAGAAGGAUAGUUGGAACACCAAGUGCAUUGGAGUGCUUUGGGCUUAUAACAACACUCAAGGAGCUCUACAGGAAUUUUGAGAGAUGCUGA